UGGGGCAGUCUUCCCAGCUCAUUGUGUAAGAGCAGGCAAGCAUGCAAGUACUAACCAAGUGCUACCCUAAAAACUGCCUGUUGACUGUCAUGGACAGGUACUUGGCUGUGGUACGCAACAUGGAGCAGGUGGUGAUGAUCCCCAGCCUUCUGCGGGAUGUGCAACUGAGUGAGCAUGGGGGCCAGGCCCAGAAGGGGGCCUCUGAUCUCUACGCCUACUUCACCAUGCUCAAGGCCAUCAGAAUGGAUGUGGAACAUGGGCUUCUGCCAAAGGAAGAGUGGCAAGCCAAGGUGGCAGGUCGCAAAGGUGAUGAGGCUGAAAAUGAAGCUGCUGAGACAGAGGAAACCAAGGAAGAGAAGGUCUCGGGAGAGCUGGACCUGGAAACCCAGUUCCAUGUGCACUUCUCCAGCCUCCAUCGCAUUCUUACCCACCUGACUGCGAAAGCCCAAGAGGUGACGAGAAAAUACCAGGAAAUGACCGGACAGGUCCUGUAGGCCUCCAGCUCUAGGGAAGAUCACUUACAUGAGAGAAGGCAGACUGUGAUGAGGACUUACAGCAGUUCAUCAGCCCUGAUUCCAGAAAGACCUGGACAUGCAGCUGAAGUGAAAGCGACUGUGUCUCUGGGAUGCUUCCCUACCUCCCUCUGAGCACCAAUUUGUGGCCUCCAGUCAUUGGCUCACCUUUAGGUUGUGUGUUCCUACUCACAACUUUGCUUGUUCCUCUUACCAGCUCAAGGUGGUGGCUGGUGGUUCAUGAGGGACUAGACAGUCUAGUAUGACACAGAAGAGCAGAGGUGUUAGCAUAUGACCAAAGUUCACAUCCCUCCUCUUGGCAGUCAUCUACCAUGUGAUCUCAGGUGUUAUUCACCCACCAGAGCCUAAAUAACCUCAUGUAAAAAAUGGGGACACCCUACCUCACAAGGUUACAAAAAUGAAACAAAAUGAAUCAAAACAACCUGUAUAUGAGAAAUUAUUAGAUAUUGUAAGAGACUGAUUUUUCUCCCACCUUCCCCUAUGUGUUUGCUUUAAUCCUUGAUUUUUAUUCUCUAGAACUGAGGUAGCAGGUGUCCCUUGGGAUGAGUGGCUCACCCUGUUAUACCUGCCAACCACUGAUGAGGCCAAGCAAGGUGAACUACAAACCUAUUUAUUGCUGUAGCAAUAAAGAAAAAAAUACUUUA